AUGUGUCAACGUGUGCGGAACUUUGCGCACGCAUCCUUCUUUCUCGACGGCGUGGUGCCAAGCAGCGGGAUACAGCACAACGGGGGGCUGUGGAAUAGCGUGCGUGGAAUUUGGUUUGCGCCAGCGCCGUCGGCGCAGUAUGUACAGUAUGAGCACAGUGCGAGUGACGCGCUAUUUGCACUUACAUGGGGUAUUGUACUUCUUGCCUUGCGGGGGGUGUUGAUGCGCGUACUCUUUGUUCCCAUCGCGCAUGUGUUGGUCAAGCGACCUGCGCCUGAUAAGCUUAAUCAGCUGUCGCAUCGCGCCAAGUACGAAAAGAAUAUCGACCGCUUUGGCGAGCAGUUCUGGGCUGUCGUGCUCUAUUGUACCUCUUUUCUUCUCGUGUGCACAUCUGCAUACCGGCAGAAGCUGUGGCCUUGGGACCCUAAAAUGCUUUGGCAAGACUACCCGCAAACGACACUGGAUGGACUGACCAAGGCUAUGUACCUCUGGGAGGCAUCGAACUACGUCCACCAAGUCUUUGUGAUCAAUCUCGAGCAGCGCCGCUCCGACUAUGUACAAAUGUUUUUCCACCAUAUUGUCACGCUGUUGCUCAUUGGCGGCUCGUAUGUGGGCAAUUUUACACGGAUCGGCACCGUGAUUCUCUUGCUUUUGGACCCCAGCGAUGUACUCUUGGCGCUCGCCAAGAUGCUCAAGUACAUGGGGUGGCAGACGCUUUGCGAUAUCAUGUUUGGCGCAUUUAUGAUUUCUUGGACCAUCUUUCGGCACAUUUUUUAUAUGAUCGUGCUCAAGUCUUGCAUCAUGGAUGCGCCGCGCCUAAUCAAGUUUGCGCCGACGAUCGACAUACAGUCGGGAUAUGCUUUUACCAAAACGAGCUUCCGCAUUUUCAUUGGGCUACUGAUUGUACUGCAGCUCGUGCUCCUCGUUUGGUAUUCCAUGAUCCUUAAGGUUGCAAUGCGUGUGGUCACUAAUGAUGGUGCUAUCGACUCACGCAGCGACGAGGAGUCCGAGUAG